AUGAACUCUCCUUCGGGGACAAGAGCCCCACUGGACCCGGCCCAGGAAUCCAACGGCAUAGCCACCACAGCUUCCCACAGCAGGUGGGACAGCUCCUGGAGCAGCACCUCCAGCCUGGACCACCCUCCGCCCAUCAGCCCCACGACAGCCAGGGCUCAGGCUGCUGCCUGGGUCCCCUUUCCCACGGUCGACGUUCCAGACUACGCCCACUACACCCUGGGCACGGUGAUCCUGCUGGUGGGGCUCACAGGGAUGCUGGGAAAUCUGACGGUCAUCUAUACCUUCUGCAGGAGCAGAGGGCUCAGGACGCCUGCCAACAUGUUCAUCAUCAACCUCGCGGUCAGCGACUUCCUCAUGUCCUUCACCCAGGCCCCCGUCUUCUUCGUCAGCAGCGUCUAUAAGCAGUGGCUCUUUGGAGAGGCAGGCUGUGAAUUCUAUGCCUUCUGUGGGGCUGUCUUUGGCAUCACCUCCAUGAUUACCCUGACGGCCAUCGCCCUGGACCGCUACCUGGUGAUCACACGCCCACUGGCCACCGUCGGGAUGGCGUCCAAGAGGCGGGCGGCGCUUGUCCUGCUGGGCGUCUGGCUCUAUGCCCUGGCUUGGAGUCUGCCGCCCUUCUUUGGCUGGAGUGCCUAUGUGCCCGAGGGGCUGCUGACCUCUUGCUCCUGGGACUACGUGAGCUUCAUGCCAUCGGUCCGCGCCUACACCAUGCUGCUCUUCUGCUUUGUGUUCUUCCUCCCCCUGCUUGUCAUCAUCUACUGCUACAUCUUCAUCUUCAAGGCCAUCCGGGAGACGGGCCAAGCUCUCCAGACUUUCGGGGCCAGCGAGGGUGGUGGUGAGUGCCCCUGGCAACGGCAGCGUCUGCAGAAUGAGUGGAAAAUGGCCAAGAUCGAGCUGUUGGUCAUCCUUCUCUUCGUGCUCUCCUGGGCCCCCUACUCCACUGUGGCCCUGAUGGGCUUUGCUGGGUACGCACAUGUCCUGACGCCCUACAUGAACUCGGUGCCAGCUGUCAUCGCCAAGGCCUCUGCCAUCUACAACCCCAUCAUUUAUGCCAUCACCCAUCCCAAGUACAGAAUGGCCAUCGCCCAGCACCUGCCCUGCCUCGGGGUGCUGCUGGGCGUGUCAGGCCAGCGCACUGGCCUGUACACCAGCUACCGCUUCACCCACCGCUCCACACUGAGCAGCCAGGCCUCGGACCUCAGCUGGAUCUCUGGACGGAGGCGCCAGGUGUCCCUGGGCUCUGAGAGCGAGGUGGGCUGGACAGACACGGAGGCAACAGUGGCUUGGGGCACUUCCCAGCAAGUGAGUGGAUGGUCCCCCUGCGGUCAGGGCCCUGAGGAUGUGGAAGCCAAGGCCCCUCCCAAGUCCCAGGGACAGGAAGCAGAGGCUCCCGGAAAGACCAAAGGGCUGCUCCCCAGCCUGGACCCCAGGAUGUAG